CUCAGAAAAGGGUUUAAUUAAUGCAGACAACUAUAUCUGCAAAAGUACUCAGGAUGGGUGAAGUUGCAUAUAUUUGCUCACUUAAACAAACACCAGUCAUUUCUCUUGACUGACAACCAGUAAGACUGUGGUGUUGGACAAAGAGUGGGGUCUCAGUGUAUUCUUUAACCAAUCCGAUUGAAGAAGGCUGCAAACAAGUACGUCAUAGUGACAUGAGGAGAUCGGAAGCUUUCUGAGCAUUGAAUUGACCUUCCAUUAUACGUAUUGCUGUCCAUUUGGAACGAGCAUUUGUUUCUUUUCACAUGUCCAUCCAUGGCACAGUUAGGAUGUUACCUCCUUCUCUCCGUCGGGCUGUUUCAGCUGCAGAAAGGUGUGGAUGGUGAAGUGCACCAGAAUAUUGAUUCUACAAUUAAACGUCAGGAUGUAGUCAGACUGAGAUGUGCAUAUCCUCAGACGGGCGAGAUGAUUCAGCUGUCCUGGGAGAAGAUUAUAAAUGGUGUGAAGCACAACAUUGCUGUAUAUAAUCCUCAAUUAGGAGAGAACAUACUUCCUCCAUAUAACCAAAGUGUUAAAUUUUUGUCAUCGUUCAUCAAUGGAGAUAUUAUGUUGAAAGCUUCAGCUGCAGAUGAGGGCAUUUAUCAAUGUUCCAUUAACACUUUUCCUAAUGGCAAAUUACUGAAAAAAAUUGAAAUACUGAACCCAGCAAAUUUUUCAAGAGGUCGGGCAGCAGAUACUCAGGUGGAGUUGGUUCCGGGGAGCAAUGUGACGUUACUCUGUGGAAAUCCAAAUGGGAGUGAUGUUCAAGAAGUGACAUGGAAGCAAGUGACUGAAGAAGAAAUAAACAUGAUCGUUAAUAUCACACCUUCAUCGUUAUUCAUUGGCUAUGACUACAAAGGAAGAAUCAAAUAUAGCUUCCUACCAUUUACAGACAUCAGCCUGACUAUACAGAAUGUGACAAUAAAUAAUGUGGGAAGAUAUCACUGUCAAGUUAACACAAGUGAUAGAAACUGGACCAAAGCCUUUGACGUUGGUGUCCAAAGAGAUUUUAAAAUGUUUCUGAUUAUUGGUGUGAUUGCGUUUGUGGCCCUUUUAUGCAUAAUCAGUAUCGUUGCCUGUGUGUGGAGGAGAAAUAAAUUGAAAAGGGCCAGAAGACAAAUAAAAAGCAUGAGUACCGAAAGAAAUCAGGCAAGCAAACCUUUGUACAAUUAUUUAGUUAUGAGGCUUAAUUUGACUCCCCGGCUUAGGAUCAGGGAAUCAAAUCAAAGCACUUUACAGAACAAAUGGGCAAAAGACAGAAAGGCACAUGAAAAAGGAAAAUGUAAGAAAUAUCAUGAUAAUGCUACAGAGGAUGACAGUGGUGAAAGAUUGUCAAAAUGGUUAAAGUAA